CUGUGGAUAAGUGAAAAACCUCUUGACGUUUCAUGUUAUCAGCGACGUUCCAAAAACAAAACAAAUUGGAUUAAAAUUUGAUUUUUGCAUUCUAGUUUUUGCUAUUUACAGUCUUAUCAUUUCAGGUUUGAAGUGGCAUGAAUUUCCUCUGAUCUUGAAGAAUAUGUGCUGCAUCUUAAGAUAAACAGUCUUUUACUUAUAAUAUUUAUUUCUUUGUUUAAUAUGACUUCUCAAGAACCCCUUUUACGAGAAGGGCUAUCUGGACAGUACAGUUAUCAAAAUCAAACCAAUCGGUCAUCUCUUGAUAUGUCACAUUCGUACAGCGUCAACACAAUUCCAUCAAUCCACGAUUAUAUUAUAUCGGAAGAUCUGCUGGCAGGACAAAGGCUUGAUGGAAGGAUGUCCGCAGUUAGAAGAUUUUUUUGUUUGUUUGUAACUUUUGAUUUCCUUUUCAUAUCCCUAAUGUGGCUUAUUUGUGUUAUGUUAAAUGGACAGAAUAUAGUGAAUGCAUUUAUUGAACAGAUUCUGCACUAUAAUAUACACGAAUCCCUUUUUGAUAUCGUAUUGGUGGCUUUCAUGAGGUUCUUGCUCCUGAUCUUAUUUUAUGCCAUACUGUAUAUAAAUCACUGGAUUGUUAUAUCGUUAUCAACAGGACUGAGCAGUGCUUUUCUAAUCGGAAAAGUGUUUGCCUUUGACUGGACCAAGACAUCUCAACCAGUUUUUGAAGUUUUACUGGUUCUGGCUUCGUUCAUUGUUUCAUGGGGAGAAGCGUGGUUUUUAGAUUUCAGAGUCAUUCCUCAAGAAGUUCAUGCCAAUAGGUACCUUAUAUCUGCUACAGAAUCGGAAAGAGCACCUUUGAUUCGACGCUUUAUACAGGGAGUUCCGUCAAUGUAUGCGGAAAGUACUACCUUUUAUUCACCCAGAAGUUCACUUCAAGGUUCUUUAUUGCACGAGGAAGAGCCCGAAAAUGCGGUAAUUCCGCCCGAACAAUUAACACCUGACCAGGAAACACAUUAUAAGCACUUGGGAGCCAGAACGCUUCAAUCUGCUUGGGACUUAUAUCAGAAAACUGAUUGGAAAUUGCGCCGACAACAAAAUGAAAGUCGAGUUUUUGAUAGAAAAGAUCCCCAAGCUGGAACUAUUUUCAAGCUAGAGACACAAAUAGAUGCGAGUCCCAGAUAUAUAUUGGAUGAAUUAUACUUUCGCGUUGCCAAUCUACCAAACUGGAACCCUACAGUAAAGGAAUCCCAAAAAGUGCAGGCGAUUGAUGAAUUUACCGAUAUCACUUACCAAGUUUCCGAAAAUGGAGCUGGUGGUAUAGUGAGCAGUAGAGACUUUGUCAAUCUCCGGCAGUGGGCUCGUAUAGAGAACGCCUACGUUUUAUGCUGUGUAAAAUGCGACUACCCACAGUUACCACCUAAUAAUAAAUACGUUAGGGGUGAAAAUGGAGUCGGGGGUUACAUACUUGAGUGUAUCGAUGGUGAGAACGACAAAUGUCGUUUCACUUGGAUAAUAAAUCCGCACUUGAAAGUAAGAGUACCCAAGACUAUCCUAGACAGACAAAUAUGGAGCAUGAUGAUGGGUUUUGCUCAGAAUCUCAAAACCCAUAUCAAUAGUUUAACAGGAGAAACAAAAUGAAACGACUGAGCAAUAACAAGUAAUAUUAGUGAAAUGUUUUAUUCUAUGUUUAAUUCCGUAUAGUAAUCCAUUAAGUUUUCCAUUAUUUUAUUAUAUCCUAGUCUUCACAACUUUUCCAAAAAUCAGGUGCUUUUAUUUUUCUCACAAUUAUUUGCCAUUGAGCCGUUCGAGGCUGGAUUAUAAUCUCUAUGAGAUGCAAUCUGAAAAAUAUCCAAUUACCGACAUUUGGAGCCACCCUUAUGGUUUUAUUUUGUCUCGUAAAAACAGGAGUUUUCUGGACAUGUACACAUAAACUAUUUUUUAAGGUGACAUUUGUCUGCGUAACAAUUUUUUGCAUUAGUAUAUAGGUAUUCUGUUCAGUUCCCAUUAAUCAGCAUUUAUCGUUUACAGGAUAAGCGUAACUUUUUAUACAAGUCUAUUUUUAAGAUCAAUUAGAAGCAUGUUAAACUUUUGUUGAUUGAACUUCUGCAAGUUAACAUAUAGAAUUCAUAGGUGUAAGUGACCGGCUUUGUAUUAUUAUAUUGCUAUUCAUUCUUACAAAAAUGACUGUGAUGAAAUUAAAUAGUUAGCACUUCGGAGAGAUUUAAAACAAUUAUAAUGAAUCUGAAUAGA